CUUCUUCUGGAGUCUGCGCGUUACACCCACCAGCGGCGUGUUCAAGUGCCAAACAGAAUAACCCAGUCGCUCGAGGCGACCUUCGAAAUUGGUGUUCUUUUCUUAGUGGCACUUGGACCGCAUCCGGAAACGUAUUGACCCGGGGAGUAGUGAAAUGCUGCAUCACCCUCGCGUCCAUCCUCGGAUAACAGAUAUUCGAAUCAAAUAUUUUGUCGAUUGUUUAAAAAAAGGAAAAAUUGUCGAAGAUAAUCUCUCUCGAUUUUUGGAUAUUUCAUCUGACACACUGAUAUAUAAUUGGGACUGAAAGUUUUGUGUAAUUCAGAUUCUUCGUGAACGGAUAUUUCGACGGUUUCAAGAAAUUUCGAAAGAACGGUCUGCGAAAGAAUUGCGAUUGACGGAAGAUCUUUCUGAAGAAUCUGGCAGUGGUAACUUUUUUUUUUUUGAUAGUUCUGCGAUUGAUUGAUCAUUUAUGUGAACAGAAUUUUUAAUUACGAUAACGGAUCAGUGGGAAAUUUACGCAAUCAUCUAUCAUUGUUUCGUCGUCCGAUCGCGAAUGACUAAUUUUGAGAAAUAAUUCGAUUGGUACGCCCGGCAAGUUAUCUUCGAUUGCAAUCUACGCGAAUAUUCUCAAGUCAAAAAUCUCUUUCGUUACGAUUUGAAGUGAGAAUUAAUUGACAUUUUCCAAUUCCGCAAGUGUUAAAUCAAAAUUUAGAAGAUUUAAGAAAAUUGAAUUCGAUUCUGCACGCGAAUCGACUGAUUAGAAGUGAAGUUUUUAUUGGUGUGGUUUUCUGUGGACAGCGUAAGAGAGAAAAGUAAAACAACAGUUAUAAUGAUGUUGGGUGGUUACGAGGCGCAAUCGGAUUACUAUCCGCAAUGGCAUCAGCCCUACAAUUAUGUCACACAAUUACCGUAUGGUCCGCUGAAUGUACCCGACGCGGAUAGCCAAUCGACGUACUGGGGCGCGGAUUCCGGGAUUUCCGGGGGUAGUUCUGGCGCUGGGAGUCCCACCGCUUCAACGCCUCCCCUAAUCGAAGAGAUCGGCGUCCAAGAACCUAGCUAUUCACCCCUACAGCAAUACCCACACCCCUCCAUCAGCCAACAUUAUUCCAAUUUACCUUACUCGCCUCAACAAGACGUUCCACAUCAUCUGCAUCAUCAUCACCAUCACCAUCAUCAUCAUCAACAAAGUCACAGAAGGGAGGGCGACUAUUCGACGAUUUCUUCAAUAAAUCAAGUUGACGGAUCGCUUCAGCAACACCUCGGCCAAGAAGUAAGAGACGGUGGCGCAGUCGUCAGGCCUAAAAGAAGAAACACAGCGAAUAAGAAGGAAAGAAGGCGAACGCAGAGCAUAAACAACGCGUUUGCCGAUCUACGCGACUGUAUACCCAACGUGCCGGCAGAUACGAAAUUAUCGAAGAUCAAGACACUGAGAUUGGCGGCUUCGUACAUUGGAUAUCUGAUGGCGGUGCUGGAAAGCGACGAAGGAGAGGAGCCGCAGACCUUUCGCGCUGAAAUUUUGUCCAAUGGCAGAAGGAACAAAACGGCUCAAGCAAGUCAGAACGAGUCGUAUUUGCAGCAUACGUCAGGUCUCGGGUCCGAGGAAUCGUCGAAAAGCAAAGGACGAACUGGUUGGCCGCAACAUAUGUGGGCCCUCGAGCUGAAGCAGGAAUCGCCCACCAACCAGAUGCAAUAAAAUCACCGAUUCCCUAUCUAUUUCUGACACGUUGUGGCUUCUGUUCUCCUAUCAUUAUCGAGAAACCAAUCCAAAUUGGAGGGUUGGAUCGAGGUUGGUGGCUAGCCAGAAAGAUUUGAAGUAACCUUCGAUUAUUUUCAUCUUUUCCGAGCCAACAAUCUGGUAUUUCGAGAAGCGUAAAUAGUCGGGAGGAACAUAUUUGUUAUUACUCUUUUAUCUUCCAUCAUCGAAGCAUUACGUAGCGAAAUAAGAUUAAUUUAUUCACGUAGCUGCGAGAUAAGGUCAAUGUAAAAAUGUAUUUUAGGUAAUAUCCGUAUGUAUGUGUGUGCACGAGAGGGUGAAGAGAUUUUUAAUCCCUUUGCUUUAACUGAUUUUACUUCCACCGUGUUUACACUUUCGAUAAUUUCAAGAUCUUUUGAAUUUGAUAAAUCCAACAAUUGUAAAAUGUGCCAAGCGAUCGUUUGUAAAUACGCGUCGGUGAGUUAUAGUUUGUGCCUGUAAAUAGAAGUGUCUUGUUUCUUAGUCGAUAAUAAUUUACAUACGACCGUUAAUCUCUCUUAUGUUUGUCUCCAUCGAACGAACGAUCAACUUGCGAUCAUUGACACA